UGUUCUCUGACAAAACAUUUGCGCUAAGAGGAAGCAAGUCCCUCCCCUUAUGAUUUUAUGUUUAUGUAAUACUACAACUGUUGAUUACAAUGAAAGAUUAGUUGUUGUACGCAGCUGACGUUCUUCAGAAUCCCUGUGACACUCAAAGACCACCGUAGUGUUUGAAGAAACUUAAAGGGACAGCAACCGGCGGAUUCAAUUGUCGUCAUGGCUGAUACCUCUCCGAACACCUUGACAUCCCUUGCCCGUGCAUUGUCCCAUCACAAACUGGACCUGGUUGAAUCCAAUGAAGUAUUUCUUCCUCGCAAUGCUCAGGUGCAUCCGUGCCGAAGGAGACAAUUGUCGAGCUGCGGGUCGUUCGAUUCCACCGAGCAGGCCACCUCACCGAGCGCCGCCGAAGCGCGCGUCUUGGUCAUCAACACUGGAGGGACCAUCGGAAUGACGCUUCUUGACAACGUUCUUGCACCAAAAGCCAAUGCUUUUGUGAAGAGUUUGCGUAAGCUGCCCAUCCUCCACGAUGAGCUGUAUGCCCAGCAGACCUGCCUGUAUGACUACUAUGGAUCCGAGCACACCUUAGUCCUGCCUGUGAGUAAAAACAAGAAGAGGAUCGUCUACACUAUUAUAGAGUACAGCCCUUUGUUGGAUUCCUCAAAUAUGACCACAGACGACUGGGGUAGAAUUGGAAAAGACAUUGAGAAAAACUAUGAAAGCUAUGACGGCUUUGUGAUCCUUCACGGCACAGACACCAUGGCCUACACAGCCUCUGCACUGUCCUUCAUGUGUGAACAUUUGGGCAAGCCCAUCAUCCUCACCGGCUCACAGGUUCCAAUCUAUGAGAUGAGAAAUGAUGGCAGAGACAACCUGCUGGGGGCGCUGUUGAUCGCUGGCCAAUUUGUCAUUCCUGAGGUGUGCUUGUAUUUCUACAACAAGCUCUACAGAGGUAACCGUGUGACCAAGGUGGAUGCUGGGAGUUUCAAUGCAUUCUCAUCCCCUAAUUUGGCCCCUCUUGCCACUGCAGAGGUGGAUAUUGCAAUUAACUGGGACACCGUGUGGAGGGCAAACACCACAGCUAAGUUUCAAGUCCGCACUGAGCUUAACCGUAAUGUCGGCCUGCUGAGGCUCUUCCCAGGAAUAACUGCAGCAACUGUGAGGGCCUUCCUGCAACCGCCCAUGGAGGGUGUGGUUCUGGAGACUUAUGGCAGUGGAAACGCCCCAGACAACCGACCUGACCUGUUGGAGGAGUUGAAGAAGGCCACCGACUCUGGCGUCAUCAUCAUUAACUGCACACAAUGUUUGAGAGGGACGGUGUCCACGUCCUACGCCACAGGCAAGGUCUUGAUCGAUGCAGGGCUGAUAGCUGGUGGUGACAUGACUCCAGAGGCCGCCCUGUCAAAGCUGUCCUAUGUGUUGGCCAAGACAGAGAUAGGUUUAGAUGCCAAGAAAAAGAUGAUGGGCCAGAACCUGCGAGGUGAGAUGAGUGCUGACUUGGCCGGAGCCAAGUUGUGUUUGAGUGACAGUAAAUUCAUCCAGGUCAUCGCCAAGUCUCUAAGCAUUAGCUGUAAAGAGGAACUGGAGGCCGUCCGUGAUGCUCUGACACCCCCGUUGGCGUGUGCCGCCACAAAGAUUGGCGACAUCGAGGCCUUAGAAGCCCUAAAAGAAAUGGGCAGUAACUUGUGUCUGGGCGACUAUGAUGGACGGACCCCACUGCACAUCGCCGCCUGCGAGGGCCACCUUAAAGUGGUGCAGUACCUGCUGACUGUCGGGGCCACGGUGUACGCGAAAGAUCGUUAUGGAGACACACCCCUGUGCAACGCUGUACGCUUCAGGCACAAGGAGGUCGUCAAGCUCCUGAGAAAGACGGGGGCCCACUUCUCCCGGGAUAAAUUGGAGGAAGCUGGAACAGAACUGUGCAGCCUGGCAAGCAGUGGCGACCUGGAAGGCCUGGAAAUAUGGAGUCUAGCUGGAGCUGAUCUGAAUAAACCAGGCUAUGAUGGGCAGACAGCAGUUGAAGUGGCUAAGGCUGUUGGUAAAUCGGACGUGGUGGCCUUUUUACUGCACCUCCAGAGCAGAAAAGCUAAGACUGCAUUUGCAGAAUUGAAUGAAUAUGAUGAGUAUGAUGAUGAUGAUGAGGAAGAGGAGAACGGCGGCAUAAUUGAGUUUGCAGCUUCUCCAGCAAGAAUGUGAGUCGUUGCCACUUGGUCUUUUCAACUCCUUGCGUCCACUUCCUCCAGAGCCGUCCUCAUCUCGCCGUCCGCACAAAUGCAGCCAGAAAUGGCGAUACCGUCUGCAAUGUAACAGUUUUAUAAAGCACAACACUAGUUUGUGGGCACAGCGUAGGCCUCAGCGUUAGCACAAGUUGGAUAGAAAUAUUGGAUUGAUUGUGUGACCGUGAAAGUGUGAGGGUGCACAUUGUUUUAAUUGUAAAAAAAAAAAAAGCUUUUAUUUUGUAAGGCAAGCAAAGAAAGUUGCUGCAAGUUAAAAGACGGGACAGUAACUGUCCGGUUACUGGGACUAUAACGAUUUAUUCAACUUCAGGGUGUUUUAUUUUUAUACUUAUUUUUAUAACAAGAUGACACGAAAUGAGAUUUUCUUGGUGUGGACUUCCGUCUACCUUGGUCAAACAUCUGCAAGAGUGUCAUGUCCUGCUGCAAGAACACGUGUAACAGAAGUGUGAAGGGACUUUGCAGACUCAUCCAGCCUGUUUGUCAGCCCACUGUUGAGCUGGAAGAGUGGCAUAGCUCGCUCAAUGGAACUGGCAGUUUGAGUUCAAACCUGCUGUAGUUUCUGUCAUAUUUUCUAUGUAUUUUAUGUGUUCCUUUCUUUUGAGAAAUCAUAACGGCCUGUCUUUUUUGCUUUGUUGUGCUAACUUGCAUCUCUUUAGUAUUUGUACUCACUGAUAAAUGAAAGUUCCUUGUUUGUGGGUAAAACAGAUUGUCCCUGCUGUUUUGCAAAGAAUGUAGAAGUGCAGUGAUACUGUCUCUGUGUUUCAAAAAAAAAUGUCCUGUGACUGAAUGUACCCAAAAAUUAAACCCCAAAGUUUUUCAUAGUUCAAGCACAUUUUUAUAUGCAAUUUUAUUUGUUGAUGGGUAUCUUAUCUGCCGUAAGUGUUAAGAGAUACUAACAAAUAUUUUAUAUUUUACUUAGUUUGCUACAUAAACACAAAAAAACUGUCAAUAAAAUUGGUCAUACUUCCCAAUACAGCCAUAUCCAACGUUCUUAGUGUAGAGUUGGUUAGAAUUCUGAAGCUUAUGCUAGACAUUACCAGGAUCCUUUAGAAUGGUGCAGCUGAUGCUGUUUGCCAUAAAACUCUCAAUAUGAAGAAUUAAUAAAAAAAAGUUUUCAUUUUUGUUACUCUAAUAUCAAUAUUUGUGGUCUUUGGCCAGGGAUUACAUCAUUUUGGGAUGAACUGUAUAUGAGUGAUUGUCACAUUUCACAUAUUUCAAAUGUACGCACAACACUGCAUCUAAUAAACAGAUUACAGGGAUUUCAUUUGUCUUAAAAUCAACUUUGUCUUUUUCCUCCUAAAACUUGCAGAAACAUUUUUGUGUGGAUGAAUGUCCUUUGUUCA